GCCCGCUAGUGUUUGUCAGUGCGCGCAUGAAGAGCGGUUUAUUUCCCUGGCGCUAUUUACCUAUUCAAUAUGUAUUUUUAGCUGAACAUUUCUAGCAAAACUGUUUAUUACCAUUUCGUGUCAACAGUGUAAGGCAUUGUCAAUGGUUUGCAAGCUAAACUUUAUUCCAUUGUUGUUUUAUUUUUUUAUUAAACAACAAGAAGACACUGAACGCGGAACUGCAGAGGUAGCGCCUCCACGGAUAAGGAUUUUGCGAUGCCAUCUGUGGAUGGAAGUCCGAGUAUGAGCACAGGCUCGGGGGCUGCGGACUCGGCAUUGCCAGAAGAAAUGCAGCCACCCAAACCUCCAGGGCAACAUGCUGUAACCGUAUUGUGGUCCUUUGGAAAAUUCCUGGCGACACUUUUACCAGUUUAUCUGGCCGGAUACUUCGGGUUCAGUAUCAGCUUGGUUCUAUUCGGUCUCAUGGUCUACAUCGGAUGGAAACACAGCAGAAACGAGAAAGUAAUGCGUCUGCGGUCAGCUAUGUUCGUAUUGGAGAAUGAGAGAGCAUACACCACUGCGAGGGCUUUUAUGAGUAAACAAGAAUUACCCCCAUGGGUCAACUUCCCUGACGUGGAGAAGGUUGAGUGGAUGAAUCAGAUCCUGCAGCAGGCGUGGCCAUUCGUGGGUCAGUAUCUGGAAAAGUUGCUGGUCGAGACCAUUACUCCAGCCAUACGUGCAUCCAACACCCACCUGCAGAGCCUCAGCUUCACCACAGUCAACCUUGGGGAGAAGGCCAUGAAGGUGGUGGGAGUGAAGGCUCACACGGAGCACGACAAGCGGCAGGUCUUACUGGACCUAUACAUUAGCUAUGCAGGUGAUGUGGAGAUCAAUGUGGAAAUCAAAAAGUACUUUUGCAAAGCAGGAGUGAAGGGAAUACAGCUACAUGGGAUGUUAAGGGUGAUCCUGGAGCCCCUGAUUGGGGAUGUGCCUCUGGUGGGAGCCAUCACCAUGUUCUUCAUCCGCAGACCUAAGCUGGACAUCAACUGGACGGGGCUGACCAACAUGCUGGAUAUCCCUGGACUCAAUGCCAUGUCGGACACUAUGAUAAUGGAUGCUAUAGCCUCAUACCUGGUCCUCCCCAAUCGCCUCACUAUCCCCCUGGUGGCCGACCUGCACAUUGCGCAGCUCCGCUCCCCUCUCCCACGGGGAGUGGUGCGUAUCCACCUGUUGGAAGCUGAGGAGCUGACAGCCAAGGACACGGUCAUUAAGGGGAUAAUAGACGGGAAGUCUGACCCGUAUGCUGUGCUGCGUGUGGGCACACAGACCUUCACAUCACACACUGUGGACAGCAACCUCAACCCACAGUGGAGAGAGAUGUUUGAGGUGAUUGUCCAUGAAGUGCCUGGUCAGGAGUUGGAGGUGGAGGUGUUUGAUAAAGACCAGAACCAGGAUGACUUCCUGGGCAGGGUCAAAAUGGAUCUAGAUGUCGUACACAAGGCCAGAGUUCUAGAUGAGUGGUUGAAGCUGAAGGAUGUUACAUCAGGCAGUGUUCACCUCCGUCUGGAGUGGCUCUCUCUGCUGUCCUCUGCUGACCGACUCAGUGAGGUUAUCCAGAGGAACCAGAAUAUGACCUGUAAGACUGGAGACCCUCCCUCUGCAGCCAUCCUGUCUGUCUACCUGGACCGUGCUCAGGACCUGCCUAGGAAGAAGGGCAAUAAGGACCCCAGCCCCAUGGUGCAGCUGUCUGUACAGAACACAACCAAGGAGAGUAGGAUCUGUUAUCUGACCUCUGACCCUGUGUGGGAAGAUGCCUUCACCUUCUAUAUCCAGGACCCUCGCAAACAGGAACUUGAUAUUCAUGUGAAGGAUGAUGACCGGGCUCUGUCUCUGGGCAGUCUGUCCAUCCCGCUGACCCGUCUGCUGGCAAGUCCUGACCUCAGCAUGGAUCAGUGGUUCCAGCUGGACAAAUCUGGCCGCAUCUAUAUUAAUGCUGUUCUGAGGGUUCUGCACUUAAAUGAGGAUGCCUCUCUUACCAGUUCCGUAUCUCCUCACCUCCCAAGCCCAGGGGCAGGCCACGGAGACGGGGGUACCACGUCAGAGGUAGCCCUCGGGGGAGUGGGUGGAGCCCCCAAACCUGAACCCACACGACCCCAACAGACCACCCCUGACUCGGACUUCGCUAGUGAGGGAGUGCUGCGUAUCCACCUGGCGGAGGCCAGUAACCUGAUAGCCAAGGAUAACUUCAUAGGGGGCAUGGUGAAGGGGAAGAGUGACCCCUACGUCAAGAUCAGGGUGGCAGGAGUCACCUUCCGCAGCCACACCAUCAAAGAGAACCUGAACCCCUCCUGGAACGAACUCUACGAGAUCAUCUUAACCCAGCUGCCUGGUCAGGAGAUCCAGUUUGAGCUGUUUGAUAAAGAUCUGGACCAGGAUGACUUCUUGGGGAGGUUCAAGUUAAACCUGCAAGACAUCAUCAGCCCACAGUUCACUGAUGAGUGGUACACUCUGAAUGAUGUGAAGUCAGGUCGGCUUCACCUGGUCAUGGAAUGGCUCCCCACGGUCUCAGAGUCCGCCAGACUAAAUCAGAUACUGCAGUACCAGGCCCAGCAGCAGUACCAGAACAAGGCAGUGCCGUCGGCUGCUGUGUUGUUUGUGUACCUGGAGAGAGCCCACGGCCUGCCGUUGAAGAAGAAUGGAAAGGAGCCAAAAGUCGGGGCAGAGAUUUCGCUGAGGGCCCUGACAUACAAGACCAAGGUAAGUGUAUCUUAUAGCCCUGACAUACAAGACCAAGGUAAGUGUAUCUUAAGAGUACAAAAGGAAGUAUGGACAAUUUUUCCAUCCAUCUCUUUUUCAAAGGUGUGCGAGUGCUCUACGUCUCCUCGGUGGGAUGAAGCUUUCCACUUCCUGGUUCGUGACCCUACAGAUGAACUCCUUAUAGUGAAGCUGUCCCACAGCUGGGGCCAGGCCAUGGGUACGGUGGUGUUGCCCCUGAGAGAGGUGCUGUCAGAGCAGGGCCUGGUGCUGGACCGAUGGCUGAGUCUGGACGGGGCCCUCCCAGAGAGCCAGAUUCUACUGAGGGCCACACUCAAGAUGUUGAACACCCAGCUGGCAGUGUGUCCUAGUGGUGUGUCCAGUGAUACUACUGGGGAGUGCAGUGAACCAAACCUGCGACACAGAUCACCGCUCUCUCAAUUAGGUGGUCAGAGCCCUGGUCAGGUGAAGCUGCAAAUUGGCUACUCAAAAGAGGAGAACAGGCUCUACAUCACCGUCCUCUCCUGCAGGGGCCUGCCAGCUUGUGUGUCUGCUAAGGACAGCUCCAACCCAUAUGUCUCCUUUAUCCUUCUGCCGGACAAGAACAGGACCACCAAGAGAAAGACCAUCACCAAGAAGAGAGACCUCAACCCUGAGUUUAACGAGAGGUUUGACUUUGACUUCACUCUGGAGGAGUGCAUGCAGAGAAGACUUGACCUGACUGUCAAAAACAACGUAUCCUUCAUGAGCAGGGAGAGAGAGCUCAUUGGAAAGUUACAGCUAGAUCUUGACCAGAUAGACCUGCAGAAUGGCGACACACAAUGGUACGAUUUAGUAGAGGAGACCAAUUAGAUGAGAGGAUGGCCUCACUUUCCUGCAGUGCAAUGUUACUUUUACUGUUGCUUCUUCUGUAUGGUUUAUUUUAUAUUUUUAUUAAACUAAUGCGCAAUAGGACCACCACUGAAGUGCUUAUAUUUCCUAUCAUCCCAACAAUAUCAUAAUUUAUCUGUAAAUUGAAUAAUUACAAAUGAUAGAUUUGGUUCCUCUUACGUAGGCUCUGUAAGAAAGAAUUCCUAAUUCUAGAAUUCCUAAUUCCAGUCUGAAAAAGUGUCCUUUAGAAUCCUUUGUCUGAGUAGAUAUUUGAUAUGAAGGCAACUAUGUCGCUCCUAAAGGAAUCUAUCUUGAAAAGCACAAAGUAUUUUAUCAACCCCAUAGUUCAGAAAAUGCAGAAAAAAUAGUGAACAUUUUAAACCUUCAGGUGUUUUGAGUUUUUCUCAUCACUUCAGUUCGUAUUUACUACAAAGGUAAUUGUUCUCAGAGGGUACUUUCUUACUUUCUUACUUUGUUGCAUUGUUUCAUUUGUUUUAUUGCAAAACUAUGUCAACCAUCUUGAGAUAAGUGUUUGAGUGUUAAUUGAGACCAAGGCCCAACAUACUGAGUAACGGGUACCAGUAGAUAUGAUGAUGAAGGUGCUGAAAUGUUACCCUGUAGUUUCACAGCGUUUAUGGGCCAUCAUGGAUGUUUACACUUUUAUUUAAUCAAUCCUUUUGUUACACUGUUUUUUCUGUUUAUAAUUUUGCCUUAUAUAUUCCAAAACUGGGUAAUUUUUGAGAAGAUUGAGAAUGUUUAUGAUCUACUGAUUGUGUUCAUUCUGUUCCAAAUAAAGAAGUUUAGUAUGUUUUAUCAGAUUGAUUUAAAAGCUGAUUUUAUAAUUCAGGAAAUGUGUUAGGGAAUGACCCAGAAGUCACAUUUGCCACUGAAAACACACUCUAGCUGUACAGUAAUGUACAGUCUGAAUCACUGUGCUUUUAUUUGAUAAAUAACAUUAUAUGUGUAGAAGUUAAAUAUGUAGCUAUAUCAUGAAUGUGUAUGUUCACAAUCCAAGACAGCAUUGUGUCAUAUACAGUAUGUUUGUGUGUGAUUGAAUGCAUUUGUAUGUGCAUUUGUAAAUGCAUUUGUAUGUGUUUGUUGUGCCAGUAGUGGCCUGAGUUCUGCAAUAAGUCAGUCAAUCAGUCAUGUGUUACAAAACACAAAGUCUUAGACAAAAUACACCCAAAGGGCCAGUUUCCUAGAUUCCUAGACACAUAUUAAGUCUAGUCCUGGACUAAGAAGCAUGUUCAAUGGAGAUUUAAUGGAGAGUGCUGUUUAGUCCAGGACUGGACUUAAUUUGUGAGUCCUGCUCUGAAAGAAGUGAGCUAAUUUUGUGGCAAGGAAAAGUUCAUCCCCCACUGUCAUCUCACUGCCAAGGCUUGAAACAUGUAUUCAAAUACUUGAAAAUGUUUGUUGGAAAAUAAAAAACUAGUAUAGUGAGAACAGCUCCUGCGCUUUCACACGUGCAUAACAUGUGUCGUCGCACUUUCAUUAAACGUUUGCACUU